UCGCGCGACUUCCGGCAGCGGCGGUUGGGUCUGGCGCGCGCCCGGGGCGGCUGCGCGCGGCGGGGGGCUGUAGGGCUUCGCGCCGGCCGGAGUGGACGCCGCCGCGGCCGCCAUGCAGCUAACAGUGAAGGCGCUCCAGGGCCGCGAGUGCGAUCUGCAGGUGUCGGAGGACGAGCUGGUGUCCACGCUGAAACAUCUGGUCUCCGAGAGGCUGAACAUCCCUGUCCGCCAGCAGCGGCUGCUGUUCAAGGGCAAGGCCCUAGCAGAUGGGAAAAGACUCUCCGAUUACAGCAUUGGGCCCAAUUCCAAGCUCAACCUAGUGGUCAAACCUCUGGAGAAGGUGUUACUGGAAGAAAGCAGCGAGCGGACAGUGGCCGAGGCCCCGCCCCCACCCCCAGCCGCCUGGCCUCUAAUCUCCAAAGUCCUGGCCCGUCACUUCAGCGCCGCAGAUGCCAGCAGAGUCCUGGACCAACUCCAGAGGGAUUAUGAGAGGUCCCUGAGCCGCCUGACGCUGGAUGACAUCGAACGCUUGGCUGGCCGUUUCUUGCACCCUGAAGUGACUGAAGCUAUGGAGAAGGGGUUCUCCAACGUCUGCUUCAUCCCAGGCCUCCGCCUCAGGAUCAGAAGAUGGUUGCCUGCAGCUUCCACCAAAUCCCUCGAUCACAGCCAGCAAGGAGCACCUUCCCGACCUGUAGCAUAGCUUCUUUCUCAGAUGCCCCCAGCAAAUAAACGCUGUCCUUUCGUUGGUCA